UGACGGCGCCGACGAAAUUGCUAUCGAUCCAGCGGAAAGUAUGAUGACAGCCGGGGAACGACACGUCCGUCGACCAGACAGCACGGUGAACAAGGCGAGGCUGUUGUUCUACGAGAAAAAGUACGGCGAAUUCGUCCAGGCCCUACCGCCAGCAAUCACGGGAAUCGUCGCGUUGAUCAAGUAUGGGAACGUCAUAGGCAAGAUGGAAAAGGUAAAGCGCAUUCUCCUGAUGAUCAAAAGAGACAAGGAACAGUACGUGGACCUGCCGGAGUCCCGCGUGCUCACUAAAUAUGAUGCGGAGGGAAGAUUGAUCGUUCAAAUUUUCGCAGGCAAAUCGAUCGUUCUUUCUUGCUCUGAAGAAUACUCUGAAGGAUACUUCACCCUCGCGAUACUGGUAUUCCUGGCGCUCCCGUUGCCAGAAAUCAUAAGGGACGCGAGGAACCUCGCGAACAUCACCGAGCCGAGACUGCUGCACCCGAUGGAGUACAACGUCGACCAUUCAAAAUAUUACUACCAGAUCACGGUGCACGCUUACGCCGGGUCCGCUCUGACGGUGUUCGUGAUCAUCGCGCUCGAUUCGUUCUUCAUUGUAGCCAUCCAACACUGCUGCCUGCUAUUCGCUAUCACAGGAUUUCAGUUGAAAACCGCUCACGUCCUGAAUCAGAGUACCCUCUGGCACGAUGACCAAUGGAAAGUCGUGGACGUCGAAAAAUUCACGACGCGAGAACAGAGCCUCGUGUACCGGAAAGUUGAACGCGCUGUCGCGGGUCACAUGUCGGCCCUGGAAUACGUGAACCUUGUCCAGUCAACGUUCUCCUCGGCACUGCUCAUUCAAGUGUUCCUCACUCUCGUAUGCAUGACCGUCACCGCGGUGCAAAUAUUGCGGAACAUCAACAACUAUGACAUUGUAUUAGGAAUGAUGUUCUGGUUGGUAGGCCAGGUAAUUCAUUUAUUCUUCCUCUGCUUCAAUGGACAGAGACUAUCCGACUAUAGCCAGAACGUCUACUACGAUGCCAUGGAGUGCGUGUGGUACACUUUUUGCGCGAAGAGUAAGGUCGUUUAUCAAUUCUUCGUUAUGAACACCAUCGCGCCUCACCGGUUGGUCGCCAUGAAAUUGAUGGUGUUGGACAUGCAAACCUUUCAAGCAGUGAUGCGUCUGUCGGCCUCGUAUCUCACGAUGUUGUUAUCGGCGGUAUAGGUAACGUAGGAUGAGGAGCUCGUAUAGUUGUACGGAGUGUGCCGAGUAUGUAGCAACUAUAUUUGGGUAUCCAAUAAAUCGGUUUGUUGUCCUUACGACGGUGGUCGACUUUCGUCUGAUCCUUACGAGCAUACUACCCUUUCUCGCGGAAUCUACUCAUUCUCUGGUCGGAUCUAGCGCACAGGGACUCACCGAAUAGGUUCUACCAACAAUGAGUACGCGGUUGAACGCGUCGCGGGUUGUUACUGCGCAUUUAAAUAUAACUUUUCUCCGACGGGUAACGUAUCACUUCGUAUUUAACGUUUCG